AUGAUUGGAAGUGCGAGACAAAGCCCUGACAUGUCGGGUGAUCGGGAUUUUGAGUCGGGCGAGCCGCCAAGUAAGCGGCCGAGGGUGCUUUCCAAAGCCUGCGAAAUCUGCAAGAUGAAAAAAUCACGAUGUGAUAGCGGCCGUCCACAAUGCGACACAUGUCGCCGGAAAGGCCUCAACUGCGUGUAUCGAGAAAAGGGGCAGCCAGGGUUGCGUCCCGGGUACGGCAAAGCGAUUGAACAACGCCUCACUCUGUUGGAAAAUAACAUGGACAAGAUCAACCAGUCUAUCCAGGACGUUUUGAAUUAUGUGCGGACCGAGUCUGUUAAUAAAUCUUCUGCACCAAUGACCGAUGAGAACCUUGGAGCUUCCUCACUUGAAACCAUCGACAAGGCCAGCCAUUCCGCUGGGGACGUCUUAAGUCCCCUCCACAGGGAUAUGAUAGCGACCACUCCCCUUCCGCCAGCGAAUAACAUCAUUUCGGCCGAUAGGACUGUUGGUGAGGCCCAGAUAUGGUCAGUUACGCAGCAGCUGCCAGAAGAGGUUAUGGACGAGCUUGUGGAGUUAUUUUUUGACCUCGUUUACCCAUGGGCCCCAUUGUUCUUCAAACCCAGCUUUACAUCCAAUAUGUACUCAUCGGAGCGGCGAAUUCUCCUACACGGUAUCGUCAUAGUUGCUUUUCGCUUCUGGAGAAAACCGGAUCCGCCAUUGGAGGCUCGAGAGGCAUAUGUCAAGGCGUCUCGUGACUUCAUUCUGUUGAAGACUAUCGAUACAUGCACCCUGAUCUCAACUCAAGCUUUAACUCUUCUCGCCAUUGAUACAAUUGGUCAGGGACAGGGACCGCGUACUUGGAACGUAAUGUCCAUGCUCGUCACAGCCGCUAAACAUCUGGGCUUGUCAAAGAACCCUUCUUCCUCAACCAUCGAAACAAAUACACCACUCGUCCGAAACGAAGAUCCGGAUGAUGGGCUAGAUUCCUCAAUUAUUGAGAUGGAGGAGAGACGACGAUUAUUCUGGGUUAUAUAUAGCAUUGAUCGCCUCUCCAGCGUAUCUCACGGUCAGCCUGGUGGCACAGACACGAGAAAUAUCCGGUUACCAUAUCCAGUAAAUGACGAGGACUGGGGACAGUCGGUACCACCUGAAUGGUUCCAGGCAACAGGGGCAAUUAAGCAAUCCCAGGGGUAUAACACCUUCAACCUUUGGCGCCACUACAUCGAUCUCUUAGCCUUGUUAGACAGGUCUAAUCAACUCUUGAUACAACCCGUCAACUACUCUCUGCCAGCUCAUUGUCAGGAGUGGCAGAGUAGCUUUCGGCGGUUGGACAUUAAUCUGGCCACCUGGUUCGAAAAUCUCCCAAGAGAAGUCCGAGAGCCACCUCCUAGCUUCAAUCCCAUGUGGACUCUAGUUCAUGCUACGUUUCAUCUGAUCAAUAUUCGCAUGUAUACGGUUGCAGCAUUUCCAUCGACAUCCUCUCCCUAUUUGAGGCCAUCACCGUCGGCCCGCGCUCGCUGCCGCCAGGCCGUCAGAGAUAUCGCAUCACUAGCAUCUUCUGUUCCGCCUCAGAAAUUGGAACAAUUAGGUCCUUUGUUUGCUUUCGUGGUUUGGGUCGCUGCUAGGAGCCUAAUUAUACUGUGGACAACGGGACACGAGAACACGUACGGGUCUAUGCCCACCGAUUUAGAACCAUUGCUCAGUAGUUUGCGACAAUUAUCGAUUCCAUGGCCGUGUUCUCAGCGGUAUAUCAAUCUUAUCCAGCUGAUUUUGGAUACCAAGAAUAAUCCGGGUGGACCAACGGGCUUGGAAAUCUUCAACGACACGAGGCGGACAGCUUAUGGGCUCCAGAACCGUCUCAGUACUUUAGCCGACCCCCAAGUUCCAGAAUUUGACUUCUUGGAUAUGCCUAUCUUAGACAUGAGUGAAAUGUCUGCGCCUUGGAGCAGUACAUUCGUUGCAGAUGUUGAUGGAGAAUGGCUGUGA